GGUGAUCAGCAGUACUCACUGCGCAUGCGCGCAUCACCCAGCGGUUUUGGCGCCCUGUUUUGCUGCCUGUCGCUGGGGGAACGCGCGGGAUUUCGAACUCUCAGUGUCUGAGUGGCGAAGCGGCAACAUGAGUCUGUGGGUUGAUAAAUACCGGCCGACCUCCAUCUCCAAACUGGACUACCAUAAAGAGCAGGCGGCAGAGCUCCGUAACCUGGUACAUUGUGGUGAUUUCCCACAUCUUCUAGUGUUUGGACCAUCUGGUGCAGGAAAGAAGACACGUAUUAUGUGUUUGUUACGAGAGCUGUAUGGAGCUGGUGUUGAAAAACUGCGUAUUGACCAUCAGACUAUAACGACACCUUCAAAGAAGAAAAUUGAAAUUAGUACUAUUGCAAGUAAUUACCAUCUGGAAGUUAACGCAAGUGAUGCUGGUAACAGUGAUCGUGUAGUCAUUCAAGAACUAUUGAAGACAGUUGCCCAGUCACAGCAACUCGAGACAAGCACCCAGAGAGACUUCAAAGUUGUCUUGUUAACGGAAGUUGAUAAACUUACAAAAGACGCUCAGCAUGCAUUGAGAAGAACAAUGGAAAAAUACAUGUCUACCUGCAGGCUUAUUUUAUGUUGCAAUUCAACAUCAAAAGUAAUUGCUCCAAUUCGAAGCAGAUGCUUGGCAGUGCGUGUCCCAGCUCCCAGCACCGAAGAGAUUUGCACAGUAUUGUUCAGUGUUUGCAAGAAAGAAGGAUUGGUUCUUCCUCAGGAUCUUGCACGGAAAAUUGCUGAGAAAUCUGGCAGAAACCUCAGAAAAGCACUUCUAAUGUGUGAGGCUUGUAGAGUACAACAGUAUCCGUUCAGUUCAGAUCAAGACUUGCCAGAGACAGACUGGGAAGUUUAUGUUAAGGAGACUGCUAAUGCUAUUGUCAGUCAACAAACACCACAAAGGUUACUGGAGGUUCGUGGUCGUCUUUAUGAACUUUUGACUCAUUGUAUCCCACCGGAGAUCAUAAUGAAGUCCUUGCUCUCUGAGCUGCUCAAUAACUGUGAUGGACAAAUGAAGGGUGAGGUGGUGCAGAUGGCCGCUUACUAUGAACAUCGACUGCAACUUGGAAGCAAAGCCAUAUAUCAUCUGGAAGCUUUUGUUGCCAAAUUUAUGGCCAUUUAUAAGCGGUUUAUGGAAGAUGGACUUGAAGCUAUGAUGUUCUAACCUACCAUUACCCAUUUUUAUGUUUUUGUCCUGGUUUUGUGUUUGCUUAGUUCAUAAAAUAACAGUGCAAGCUGUGAUUGAAUUAAGUCCGCAACUGAUCAUCUACCAGCUGCUAAAAGAUCUGCCAGAUGGACACUCUUAUUGAAUUUCUCUGCUCAUUACUCUGCAGAAACUAAAUAUACACAGAAUGUUUUGGUAGAUUUCUUAUAUUCCUUCACACUUUUUUUACAUUUAAUUGCAUCAGUCAAGCUCAAAACGGAUUGUAGUGGAGUCAAAAACCCAAAGUUUAACCCUGGUGUAAUAUGAGGAGCAGCAAACUGCCACUCAUAUCAAUGAAAGUUUGCCUUAACAUCUCACAAGUGACAUUUUCAACUAUGGAGUUUACCUAUGUAUUUAAAACAGAUCACGGCUUCUUGGAUAAAUGUUUGCUGUGAAAGCAUAUUUAAAAUGUUCAGUUCCAGAAGACUUGCAGUAAAACCGGUCCACUUAACUCUAUAAAUGAACUACUGCCAGUGCUAUAAAUAGUUCAGAUAAAUAUUUACACAACAAAUGCUUUCAUUCUACUACCUGACACAUAUUGACAAGUAUAUGGAUUGCCAGACUAUCAACAGCACCCUAACUUCAAUAUCACCCUUGAUGUUAUUUGUGGAAAACUAUUGUGAAAAUUAUUUUUGUACCAAGUUAACAGAAACCUUGCUCCUCUGUAAACGUUGACUGUUAUUUCUUCUAUGUACGUGUAAAUCAAGUUAAGGGUAGUUUGCUUUCCAUUUUUGCUUUAUCUUUUAAUUGUCAAAAUCUGCUAUAUCAAACAACUCAUCUGUGUAUGAGAGAAUACAACUGUCACUGAAUUAAUAAAUUAAAAUUAUUCCCCCUUCUCAUCA